AUGAAACCGUCAAAGCUUAUGCGGCAUUUCACAACCAAGCAUCAAAAAGAAGCUGAUAAGCCAUUGGAUUUCUUUAAACGAAAGUUGAAAGCUUUUAGUCAGCAGCAAAAUACUAUAAUUCAGGCAUCCACUGUCAACGAGUCAACAUUAUUAGCUAGCUACAAAGUCGCAUAUCGAGUUGCUAAAGCAGGGAAACCACAUACAUUUGUCGAAUAUCUUAUUUUGCCAGCAGCACUUGAUAUGGUUGAAAUUAUGGUCAGUAAGCAGGAGGCAAACAAAUUAAAAAACAUACCACUUUCUGAUAAUACUAUUUCACGCAGAGUAAACGACAUGGCCAAGGAUAUUCAAGAACAAGAAGUCUAA